AUGUUUAAAUCUUUAAAAUCAAGAAGGCUGCUCCUAAAACGAUCUGCAAUACUGGUGCUCUUCCUUUUCUUUUCAUACCUCAUUCUCUCCGCGAGCAGGAGUACUACAUCAUCAACUGAAGACAACCAUGCGAGCGAGAGAACUGCUGCUGAACCUUCAGCGUUUCACUGGAUUGAAAAACGACAACGGCAGGUGGAAUCUGAAAGUCUAAUAAAGCGAAUACUCGCCCAUUUCUCCUCCUCUUCGAGCACAAUUCCUUACGAUGAGCGUAUACUAUUGACGCAGUUAGCAAAAAAUGAAAUACCUAAGCAUGACAAGUGCCGCUACAUUUUUGAAGUAUUAUACAAAUGUGACCCCAAUUGGGACAACGGACAAACUGCCAAAUUCUAUAAUGUUGAUGACGUAGACAAUACGUUGGCGUCACUGCUAGGUGAAAGAUUGAGAUCCUAUGAUUAUUGCUUUCUGUCUGGUAAAUUAGACCCCACCGAAAUAUUCGAAAACUCCACCGUUGACCCUUACGACUUGCAAAAUAGAAUUUUCCCAUUUUUGAAAGCUGCGUCCAAGGAAUCGAACAUAGCGAUGUGGCCGGCCAUCAAGGAUCUAACGACUGGAGAAUCAGUGCCACCACCCGAAAUCGAAAUGGAACCAUCAAAAUUCAAUGGAAACUUCUGGUUCAACUGGAAUAAGUUGAGUAAAGGAAGAGGCUUUGUUUUGACAAUUGCUGAAAAGGAUGUCCCUUUGUUCAUCAGGCAGUUAAAAGUAAUGGAAUUUUCGAAAAACGAGUUACCAUUUCAGAUUAUUACCACAGGAAAUGAACUGUCACCAGAAUCUAUCGCUAAAAUAUCCAAGGUGGCCGCAGAAGGGAAACAAAAGGUCUACUUGGUGGACUGUUCGACGGUGCUUGAGUCUGAAUUCUCUAGCACAUACAUUUUUUCUUUCCAAAAUAAAUGGGUUGCCUCUUUAUUCAACACAUUUGAAGAAUACAUCUUGUUGGAUGCUGAUGUGGUGCCAUUUGUAAAGUCAGAUUAUUUCUUUGACUCUCCCUCUUAUAAGGGAAGUGGGAUACUUUUAUUCAAGGAUAGGGUUAUGCGGAACGAGCUAACAUUUAAAUACUGCAUCGAACUGCUGGGUUUGGUGGAACCAUCUAGAGAAGAACACCGCUUGAUUGGAAGUAAACUGGUUUUUGAUUCGUCAUCUUUGUUGUCCUCUUCAAGUUCUGAAGAAGCAUCUGUGUAUUACAAUUUCUUCAAAAAUUUACGACUUCAUCAUGUUGACAGUGGCCUGGUGGUAGUAAACAAACUCGAAAAAUUAAAUGGGCUAUUGAUGUCUUUCAUGUUGAAUCUGGACGGGAAAAUGCAGAGGUGUGUUUAUGGUGACAAAGAAAUAUUCUGGAUAGGUCAACUAUAUGCCGGUCAAGAUUAUUCCAUCAAUCCUGUUGAUGGUAGCAUUAUUGGUCCUGUUAAUAUACAAACAGAUGAUGUUGAUGGAUCUUUGAAGGAGAAUUAUCAUAUUUGUUCUGCCCAAAUCGCUCAUAGCGACUUCGAAAAUCAACUGCUAUGGAUAAACGGUGGGUUGAAGACUUGUAAAAUUUCAAACAGCGCGCAAGAUGACUUUCAGAGGGAACCAGAUUACUUUAAGAGUAGGUAUAACGAAGAAUCAUCUUUACAGAAAAUUUACGAUGCUCCUUUAAAUGUGGAAGGACUAAUCAUCCCUGACGUUUCUGUUAAUCCAUGGAUGCAAAUCAAGGAAUGCUCCAAUUACAUGUACUGUGCUUACGCGACGAAUGACAAACAUACAAACUCUAAGCUUGAUGAAGGUCGUGUCAUCAGGUUUAGCGACGAGAAACUACAAUAUAUUAAUGAUAUUUCCCGAAUCUGGAAUGCUAGUUGA